GCAGCAGCAGAGCGGACGUGCUGCUGCUGAGUCACCGAUCAUGGUGCUGUUACACGUGUUGUUCGAGCAUGCGGCGGGCUACGCGCUGUUCGUCGUCAAGGAAGUGGAGGAGAUCGGCAUGCUGCUCCCUCAGGUGGAGGAGAGCGUGCUGAGCCUCGGGAAGUUCAACAGCAUGGUGAGCCUGGCUGCCUUCUUCCCCUUCAAGUCGGCCCAGGCUGCCCUGGAGAACAUCAACGCCAUCUCCGAAGGUGUGGUUCAUGCUGACCUGAAGCUGUUCCUGGAAACUAACCUGCCCCUUUCUGGGAAGAAAAAGGCUGUGUUGGGUGUUCCAGAUGCCAAAUUGGGAGCAGCGUUACAAGAGGAAUUCAGCAUUUCCAUCCAGACAAGUGGCGUGGUGGCCGAGAUAAACAGAGGUUUGCGUCUGCACUUCCACUCACUGGUGAAGGGUCUGACCGGCCUGGCUGCCUCCAAAGCACAGCUCGGUCUCGGCCACAGCUACUCCAGAGCUAAGGUCAAGUUCAAUGUGAACAGGGUCGACAACAUGAUCAUCCAGUCUAUUGCUCUGUUGGAUCAAUUGGACAAAGAUAUCAACACUUUCUCCAUGCGUGUCCGUGAAUGGUACGGCUACCACUUCCCAGAGCUGAUCAGGAUCGUGCCAGACAACUCAUUGUACUGCCGCCUGACUCAACUCAUCGGAAACAGGAAGGAGUUGUCAGAAGAGAGUCUUGAGAGCCUCGAGGAGAUAGUGAUGGACGGCGCCAAGGCUCAGGCCAUCCUGGAGGCAUCCCGCUCCUCCAUGGGUAUGGACAUCUCCCCCAUCGACUUGAUCAACAUAGAGAGGUUCUCUAAUCGUGUGGUGUCUCUGGCUGCCUAUCGGCUGGAGCUGCAGGAGUACCUGCGCUGUAAGAUGAGCCAAGUGGCUCCAAACUUGGCGGCCUUAAUAGGAGAAGUGGUGGGAGCUCGUCUGAUCUCCCAUGCCGGCAGUCUGACCAACCUGGCCAAGUACCCGGCGUCCACCGUGCAGAUCCUGGGAGCAGAGAAAGCCCUGUUCAGAGCUCUAAAGACAAAAGGCAACACCCCGAAGUACGGCCUCAUCUUCCACUCGACCUUUAUCGGACGCGCCGCUGCCAAGAACAAAGGUCGCAUCUCCAGAUACCUGGCGAACAAAUGCACCAUCGCCUCGCGCAUAGAUUGCUUCUCUGAGGUACCUACAAGCGUGUAUGGUGACAAGCUGCGUGGCCAGGUGGAAGAGCGUCUUUCUUUCUAUGAAACGGGCGACGUGCCACGGAAAAAUGUGGAUGUCAUGAAAGAGGCAGUGAAAGAGGCCACUGAUGUUGCAUCUGAGAUGAAGCGUAAACUAGACAAGAAGGAAAAGAAACGCAAGAAGCGUGACAAGAAGUUGCAAGAACUUGGCGCAAAUGGUGACACCAACGGAGAACCUGAGGUGGAGAAUGGGGACGCUGACACUUCCGUAGUUAAGAAAAAGAAGAAGCAAGCAGCCGAGGAGGAGAUGGAGGUGGAAGCAGAGGAGAAUGGAGCAGAAGACACUCCAGCCAAAAAGAAGAAGAAACGAAAGUCUGUGGCAGAAGAAGCACCCGUCGCAGAAGAGGUAGCAGAGGAAACUGAGACUCCCUCCAAGAAGAAAAAGAAGCGAAAGACUGAAUCCGAGGAAGCAGUGCCAGUGGAGGAGACCCCAGAAACACCUGUGACGGAGAAGAAAAAGAAGAAAAAGAAAAAGGAGGCUGACGAAUAGACUAUGGGCAAAGACUAAAUCUUUAUUUUUUUUGUACAGUUUUUUUUUAAUUCAUUAUACUUUCGGGAAGCUAGUUUGUCCACAACGUCAUCUUAUAACUUCGAAGAAGGCUAUGCUGCAAACAAAAUGCUUGUAACUGUGCCUUGAAGUCAAUAGUAUUUACUUGUAUUUCUGUAAAUAAAUGAUCAGUUGAACUUUUCAA